UCCAUCCAAUUUCCGUUUCGUCAACGCGUUUUUCUCUCCGUUUCCAUCUUCGCUUUCGCCACCUUAAUGGAUUAAUCUUCAACCCACAGAUUUCAUAUACAAUCAUCGAUUUUGAUUCUGAUCUUCCAAUAACCCCUUUCGUAUGUGCAGUGUGAUCCUCAAUCAAACGCUGUUUUGGUUUCGAUCGCAGAGAGGCUUUUGGCCUUUGAUUUCGUUGUAAAUUAGGGUCUCAACGACGAACAUAGAUUCAAGAUGCCUUGGGUUUCCGUUGGACUCUUCCUUCUACGCUCUUCUUUGGUUCCGUUCCAUGGUGGAUCCUCCUCUAAUCGUUUGAAACAUCUUGAAAAAAGUGAUCGGCGUGGUAAUCUUAGUUAACAUUAGAUCUUCUCCGUCUUCCUGAGUUCCUUUCAAUUUCUUUGGCCUUUUUCGUUUCUCUGUUUUUGGAUUUGGAUUUGGUUUAUUUCUUCUCGUUCGAUCUGCGAGAGAAUUCGUUGAGGAAAUCGAAGUGUUGUUGUUCUUCCUCUUGAUUUCGUUUUUGCUUUCAAAGGCCGUGAAAGCUUGCUGUUUCCAGUUUUUCGUUUCCAGGUGUUGCUAUUCGCAGCUGCAAACGCUGGCGUUUAAGUGCCCCGUACCGUUGAUGGACAUCCACUCUCCUGUUAAUGCUGUGGAUGACAACAUCAUAAGUAAACUUGAAAGUAUUUUUGGAGAGUCAUUACAUAUACAAGAUGCUGAGAAGUCAGAACAUGUUUCCAAGGGGGGUGAUAUUGAUAAAUGUAAUGACGGGGAGGGGAGCUUAUGUGAAGGUUUUGAACAUGAAGAAACCAAAAUAAAGACAAGCUCUUCUGAUGAGGCUGCUACAUUGACAGAAUCACUCUCUGCACAGUCUCCACAUCAAAGUUACUCAGAACCUCUCCUCGCACCUCCAAAGCUUAUAUCUGCCAUGAAAGGUACCCGUGAGAAAGAGGGGGGUUCACAGAAGAAAUUGACUGUUAAAUGGGCUCCUGAUGUGUAUGAUCCGGUACCAACAUUAGUAUCACAUACUGUCAAAAGCAAGAACCGCCAUAAAUCCAGGAUCAAGAAGGGUGAAAAGAAAAGUAGUAAGAAAGGUCACAAGCACCAUUAUUCUAAAGGGGGCAACACCAAAGAUAUCACACCUGUUAAGAAGCAAUAUGACAAUUGGUGGCUGGAGUCUCCUGAUAAAGGGAUUGAAACAUCGACUGGGUUUGAUCUUGAUGCUGAUCAUAGCUAUGAUUCCUUCCAUGGAAUUAGCUACUUGAAACCAGUUACUGAAAGCCCCUGCCAUGCUAGAGGAGCGCUGAGUAACAUCCUUGAAUUUGUAUCCUAUAUCAAAUCUGCAUGAUAAUUUCCUCGUAGACUGGCGAAGAGAUUGAGUUUCAUGGUCAAAAACUGUUUGGCUGUAUCUUGAAAUUCUGAAGGCUUUUUGGAACAUAAAAAUGUCCUGUGCAUAGCAUGUACUUUGUUUUUUUUUUUUUUUUUUAAAUAAUCAACCUGAUGUACUUUGUAUUUUCACUAUUUUUGUUAAAUAAUGUUGAACCAAAAUUUCUGGAUGAA